AUGUUGAGUGAAACGCCAUGGAAACGAAAUAGAAGAAGCAACAAAUGCCUACCAACUGAUGAGGGGCUAACGAAUGACAACCUCUGUGACCUAUCUCUGGACCCUAGAGUCCCAGACCAUGGAACCGGUCAAAAGAAGACAGUAGUCGACCACCGUCUUUUUGUGAUGGAAGCAGUCAAAAGAAGACAUCCAGAAGCAUGUGCAGCAAUCUUGUGGAAGAGUGCUAAAGCCUCUCCAAAGGCAGCUGAGAAGCUUAAGAUAACUGCUGGAGAGCUGUGCAAGCUGCAAAUUGCAGAUGGCAUCAUUCCUGAGCCACUUGGUGGUGCACAUGCAGAUCCGUACUGGACCUCACAACAGAUAAAAACAACAAUUAUUGAAACAAUGGAUGAACUUGAAAAGAUGGACACACGGGAGCUGUUAAAACAUCGAAUGCUUAAGUUCCGAAAAAUUGGUGGAUUCCAAGAAGGGAUCCCUAUUGAUCCAAAAAAGAAAGUCAGCAUGAAAAAGAAAGAAAACCCUAUUGUCCAGCCUGGGAAGACUUCAAACCUGGAGUUGGAGGGUGAGGUUGAGAAACUGAAACAACAGAUUUUGAAAGCCAGGGAGUCAUCUGGAGGGCCUCCCAAGUUGGGUCUGGAUGAGAUGGUAGACAAACUGAAAAGAGAGGUUGAUCAUGAAUAUUCUGAGGCAGCUAAAGCUAUGGGCUUGAAGGACAAAAUUACAGUUUUGAGGGAAGAAUUUGCAAAAGCAAAGAAUUCAGAGGACCAGCUCAUGCAUCUGGCUGUAAAGGUGAAGAUUGAUAAGCUUAUGGCUGAGUUCAGCCAAAGUCUGUCCACAGCUCCUAAUUAUGCAAGCCUGAGACAUAAGCUUGGCAUGUUGAAGGAAAUAUCUGAAGCCAAGAAUUUCCAAGAGAUGGACAACAAGGCAGAUUCAAUGAAGCAGGAAAUCAAUAAACGAUUCAAACAGGUUAUUGACCAGCCUCAUGUGAAGCAGAAAAUUGAGGCACUGAAGGCUGAAAUUGAAAAUUCUGGGGUGUCUGCAGUUGAAGAUUUAGACCAGGGGCUGAAGGAGAAAAUUGUACAGCUGAAGGAAGACAUAGAGUUAGAAUUUGCUGAUGUUCUCAAGUCUUUUGGUUUACAUGUCUACCCUCCUUCAUUAUUAGAUGUCAAGGCAAAGGUAGGUCAAUUUAAUGAAGAAAUUAAGAUGAUAAUGGAAGAUGUUAUAAAUUCAUCUGAUUUGAAAAACAAGAUUGAGCUGUUGAAGAUGGAAGCAGCAAAGGCCGGGAAAACACCUGAUUCGGAAUCAAAAGGUAAGAUUCAGGCUUUGGAGCAGCAAAUAAAACAGACCCUUUCAGAGGUUAUGAAUUCCUCAGUAUUAAAAGAUAGGCAUGAUAAGCUGAAGGGAGAGAUUUCUGAUGCCCUUGAAUUUUCUGGACGAUCGAAUGGAAGUUUGAUCAAAGAAAAUCAUAACGAUGGCAAUUCAACGUAUGGUGGAUCAAAAGUAGAGACUAAGUUAGAGGCAAGCCGCAGCUUUGUCUGA